CCUCAGUGGUCUACAGUACAGGAGAAAUAAAUUCUGAAGCUCACGGAUUCUGUGACAGUCAAAGACAAGCACUGAAUUGUUCUAACCUCAUUUCCAACACCUGGCCCAUAGCCUUGCAUGGCUUGGAUAACACUUGCACAUUUAAAAAAAAUGUAAGGAUGAUGAUUGUGAUGUUGGUAACUGGAAAGCCUCCAUUGUUGGAGGACGAGAAGCCGUAUCUAAUUGAAGCAGCACGGGCUUUUGCGAUGACUGUGGAAACCACUGCUUAUGCCUUGCUUCAAGCAUUGUCAAGGAAUGAUUUUGACUAUGCAACACCGAUUGUGAGGUGGCUAACGAUGCAACAGAACUAUGGUGGUGGAUUUCACUCGACGCAGGUAAAUGCUUGAGAUCACAA